AUGUCUUCGCUUCGCACUGCCAGCCCUACACUGAGGAACUACUUUAAGGAGAACUACAUCCCUCAGGUCUGCGAGGCGCUGUUAUGUGGUUUAUUUGUGACAUUACCUGAGGAUCCACUGAGAUAUUUGGAGGAAAUGAUCAUCUAUAUCAUUCAAAAUGGUCUUGAAAACCUUCUUUGGGAUAUGUGCAUUGAUCCAUCAAUGAAACCAAGAAUUCGAAGAUUGUCUCAUACUUACUUGGAACAACUUUUUGGACUGGAUGAUCAGCUGGUGACUCCAGAGCUGAUGAUAAAAGCAUGUACCUUUUACACUGGACAUUUAGUAAAGAACCAUUUUUGCAACUGGAAGGAAACAGCAAUACUUCGUGCAAAUCAAGAGGCUCUCCUGGCUGAAAAAAUGAAAAAAGCAAUAGCACAUUACAAUUUUAGAUGCCAAAAAUCUUUAUUUCAUCACUGGUACUCUUAUGUGGAAAACAAUAAGGAAGAGCUUAUAAGAUCACUGCUUCGGAUGCAACAGAUAUUCUGUAUCCACAGGCAAAAAGUUAUCAUAGCAAAAUGGAGGGAGAGAGCAAAACAGAAGAGUAAAAUGAGAGAAGACAACUUGAUUUUAAAACAUGAACUUCAACUGAGAAAAUGGAAAUUCAGGGUGAAAACCAAAGCAACUGAGGAAAAAAGCGUUAGUCCUGAGCGAAGUUUUUCUGACAUUGCUAUCGCCGUGCCCAUAGAGUUUGACAUUUCACUAUUGCCCCAAAGAGCAAUAAUGCAGAUUUUCUUGUACCUCAGUUUCAGAGAUAUGAUAAUCUGUGGCCAAGUUAACCACUCCUGGAUGUUGAUGAUACAGAGAAGCUUCUUGUGGAAUGCUAUUGAUUUUUCCACAACAAAAAAUGUUGUAGAUAAGUGUGUAGUGACUACCUUGCGAAAGUGGCGUUUAAAUGUACUGCGUUUGAACUUUCAAGGGUGUCUUUUCCAGUCAAAAACUUUGAGAGCUAUCAGCCACUGUAAAAACUUGCAAGAGUUGAAUGUCUCUGACUGCGCAUCUCUCACAGAUGAAUCUAUGAGGCACAUUUCCGAGGGCUGUCCUGAGGUUCUGUAUCUCAAUCUAUCCAACACAACUAUCACCAACAGGACUAUGCGACUCCUGCCCAGGCACUUCCACAACUUACAGAAUCUCAGUUUGGCUUACUGCCGAAAGUUCACGGACAAAGGUUUACAGUACCUGAACUUGGGAAACGGAUGCCACAAGCUCAUCUAUCUGGACCUUUCCGGCUGCACCCAGAUCUCAGUCCAAGGCUUCAGGAACAUUGCGAACAGCUGCACGGGAAUCAUGCACCUGACCAUCAAUGAUAUGCCAACUCUGACGGACAACUGCGUAAAGGUUUUGGUUGAGAAGUGCCCGCGGAUUACAUCGGUGAUUUUCAUUGGUUCACCACAUAUCUCUGAUUGUGCUUUCAAAGCUCUUUCUACUUGUAACCUCAGAAAGAUCCGAUUUGAAGGAAAUAAAAGGAUUACUGACGCAUGCUUCAAAUAUAUAGAUAAGAAUUAUCCAAGCAUCAACCACAUUUACAUGUCGAACUGCAGGUCAUUAACAGACAGUAGCCUCAAGUCACUUUCACCUUUGAAGCAGCUGAUUGUGUUGAAUUUGACGAACUGUAUAAGGAUUGGUGAUAGUGGUCUGAGGCAAUUUCUUGAUGGUCCUGCAAGUAUGAAGAUAAGAGAGCUCAAUUUGACUAACUGCUCACUCUUGGGUGAUAUAUCUAUUAUGAGACUGUCAGAGCGCUGCUUAAAUUUACACUAUUUGAGUUUACGAAAUUGUGAACAUGUGACUGACAUAGGAGUUGAAUGUAUUGCAAACAUGCUAUCCUUGAUAUCAGUAGAUCUCUCUGGAACACUCAUCUCUAAUGAGGGUAUGAUGAUGCUUUCCAGACAUAAAAAACUGAAGGAACUUUCUCUGUCUGAGUGUCAUAACAUCACUGAUGUUGGAAUUCGGGCAUUCUGUAAAACCUCACUGCACUUGGAACACUUGGAUGUCUCUCACUGUCCCCAGCUGUCAGACGAUAUUAUAAAAACAGUGUCCAUUUUCUGCACCCGCCUCACAUCUUUCAGUAUUGCGGGAUGCCCAAAGGUUACUGACACGGGGUUGGAGAUGUUAUCGGCAAAAUGCCAUUAUCUGCACAUUCUGGAUAUCACUGGCUGUAUCCUACUUACUGAUCAAAUCUUUCAAGACCUUCAGAUAGGCUGCAAACAACUCCGGAUCCUUAAGAUGCGAUACUGCAGGUCCAUCUCCGUGGCAGCAGCUCACAGAAUGUCGUCAGUAGUUCAGCAGCAGGAGUACAGCUCUGACAACCCUCCACAGUGGUUUGGCUAUGAUUCUGAAGGCAAUCUUCUUACAGAGACUCAGAGUAAAAUACAACUUAAAAAUACCUCAGAACUGACAAUCAAAGAGUCAGCCAGCAAUGAAGAGGAAAGCCCAGCCCCCAGCCACAAACAGGAAAAACAAAAAAAUCUAGAACUGGCAACUUUUCUUCAUUUGAUGUAA